GAAGAAUUCACUUUCAAGCAAAAUGAUUCAAUAUAACAUAAAUUUGAAAAGAAUAGAUGAAAACAUAAGAAAAGUGGAAAGAAGACAUGAAGUUCUGAAAUGUCAGUUCGAAAAAAUUAAACAAAAUGCUAAAGAAGAAUCAAUGUUGGAUGUGAAUAAAAUGUUGAAUCAUUCGUUUAAUAACCAAGAA